UCUAGCCACGAGCUGCAUCGGUAAAUUAAGUGAUGUUUAUGAGAUAAAAGUUCCUGGUAUGGAGGCCUUUUCUGUACCUUGUGAUUCGAGCUUAGCUGGAUCUGGAUGGACUGUCAUUCAGCGCCGUAAAGAUGGAUCUGAGAACUUUAAUAGAAACUGGACAGAUUAUCGUCAGGGAUUUGGUGACCUACGUGGAGAGUUUUUUAUUGGACUUGAGAAGCUGCACCUAAUAACUAAAUCGCAAAACCACGAGUUGUACAUUUAUAUGCGGGACUUUGAAAACCAAGUCCGAUAUGCCCGAUAUAAUAAAUUUUUCAUUGGCGACGAGAAGGAUUUGUAUGAGAUAAAAUCGCUUGGUACUUAUUCUGGAGACGCUCAAGACUCAAUGGACCCACAUAAGAAUAUGAAAUUCUCGACUCCAGAUCGCAAUAGUAAUACUUGUGCCAAAGGAUAUAAAUCCGGCUGGUGGUUUCAUAGUUGUUAUACCAGCAAUCUUAACGGAAUAUAUGAUAAAAAUGCAACUAAAAUCAAUGAUCCUGGUAUUAAGUGGAACAACUGGCAUACUAAGUCUCUUAAAUUUGUUCAAAUGAUGAUUAAACCAAAUUAAAAAAAAUGUUAAGCCGAAAA